GAGAUAUGUUAUUACUAAGAAAAAUACAAUCCUUUUUUGGUGUAGGUAUAAUUAGCGAACGUGAAAGUUUUAACAGAGUAGUUUAUAGUGUUCAAUCUUAUCAUGAUAUAACUAAUGUGAUUAUACCUCAUUUCAAGAAAUAUCCUUUAAUUACUCAAAAGAAGGCUGAUUUUAUUCUUUUUAAUGAAGCUAUAAAUUUAUUAAAUUUAAAAGCACAUUCAAAUAUUGAAGGUAUAAGUAAGAUUUUGAGUUUUAAAGCAUCAAUGAAUUCAGGGUUAUCUGAUGCAUUAAAAAUUCAAUUCCCGACCGUCCUACCUGUUCAUCGUCCACUAGUUAGUUUUGAAGCAGGUUUUACAGACGGAGAAGGUUGUUUUUAUGUUAACACUAAAAAAGCUAAAACCUUAUCGGGUAUUCAAGUCAUUAUGACUUUUUCUAUUACUCAACAUGUAAGAGAUGAACUUUUAUUAACUAAAUUUAUCGAUUAUUUUGGAUGUGGUAAAAUUGAGAAAGUUUCAACAAGACCUAAUGAAGUUAAAUAUAUUGAUUUCUGUAAGAUAGCAAAAAUCAUGGAAGAUAAAUCUCAUUUAAACCCUGAGGGUCUAAAGAAGAUAAAGUCUUUAAAAUCUGGAAUGAAUAAAGGUAGAAUGUAA